UCCUGAUCCUGAUUCCAAAGUAGCAGCCAGACAUAAAAAUUGGAGUGACAUGAUUCUUCAAUAUAAAGCGUCAGUCAUUGAUAAAUGUAAGUUUGCGACAGAGUAUAGUCUUCCAUCUGAUGAGCGUGUUGACCUGGCUGCCCGUUAUACUGAACCAGUCAUCAUUCAGAGGAGCAAAGAGCAGACUGAGAAAUACUAUCGUGAUCAUGUGAGGUCUGUGGAUGCUUCAUCUCAACUGUUAUCAAAUGACAAGAAUCACAGCAUCAGAAUAGACCAGCUGUUCAGUGCCGACGGUGAUGGAAACACACCGAAAACUGUGAUUCUCAGUGGAGAUUCUGGAAGAGGGAAAUCCUUUAUGUUACAGAAGAUCAUGUUGGACUGGGCUUCUGGAGAACUUUACUCUGAAAACUUUGAUGUAGUUUUUCUGUUGAAGUGUGAAGAGCUGAAGUGUAUUUUUGAGGAGUUGAACUUGUUUGGGCUCUUGAGCUGGAGUUGCAACUUAAUAUCAGAUCAGAUCUCACAUAUACUAGAGUUAAAACCAGAGAAAGUCCUCAUCCUCAUUGAUGGAAUUGAUGAGUAUGUAAAUCAUCCCUCCAGUCAUUCGAUGUUACUACUCACUAAUUCAUCCGAUAGAGCCCGACCUAUGGACAUUCUUAGAAGUGUGUUAAAGGGAAUCUUCCUGCCUGAGUCGUUCUUGCUUGUCACCACAAGAUCUAUAGCUGCUGAUGCACUGAUGAAUCUCUUCAAGGGACCUCUGCGUUUCACUGAGAUUAUGGGUUUCUCUGAGAGAGGGGUGCAGGAGUACUUCCAGAAGUUCUUUCAGGAUGAGCAACUCUUCAGCAAAACAUAUGAGAGUCUAAAAGCGAAUGAAAUCCUCCUGACUGCCUGCUCUGUGCCUUUGCUGUGUUGGAUGGUCUGUUUUUGUCUGAAGAAACACUUAACCGAUGACGAUCGUGUGAUGAGAGAACUAAAGACAACCACCUCCAUAUAUGUGCUCUUUGUGUCCACUCUACUAGAGCAUCAUGGUCACAGUCAGUCUGUCCUCACCAUGCUGAGGAGGCUGGGUCAGCGGGCAGAGGAAGGGAUGAAGAAGCGAGAAGGUCUUUUUGUAGAGAAGAGUGUGACUGCAGCUGGCUUAGAUCCAGCUACUAGCGUGUUCUUGUGUAAAGAUAGUUUGAAAAGAAAUAACAGAAAGGUUCCAGUAUUCAAGUUUGUGCAUCUAAGCUUUCAGGAGUUCUUCACAGGACUUUUCUAUGUUUUACUGGAUGAAAAAGAGUCCUGGGGGAAAGUCAGAGAGCUGUUGAGAUCGCUGAAAUCGAAGGGUAUAAUCAGUAGGCCAUGUCCAGAAAGGAGAUCAAAUCCUGUCCCUUCAGUCAUUAUGUUUCUCUGUGGUCUCUUAAAUGAGAAAGCGAGCAGCUCACUCUUUGAAAUGAUCAAGUGGACUGUUCCUCACACCAUAAAACUGAAGACAGACUUGCUGGACCUCAAGGGACACUUGCUGGAAAGUGUUCUAACAACGAGAAGACAGCAUGGAUGUGAACUGUUUGCUCUUCGCUGUCUGUAUGAGCUCCAGGAUGAGGAGUUUGUGAGGAGAGCUUUAGGAGAUUGGGUAUCCAUGAAUCUGUCCAAAGUUUCCCUGAGGAGCACAGACUGUUGGGUGCUGCUGUACUGUCUUCAGUGCUGUCCACACAUCAGAGACCUGAACCUCAUGUACUGUGAUUUAACAGCCGAGAAACUCAAGAUUCUCCAGCCAGCAUUCUGCAUGUGUGAGACUCUGAGGUCAGUGUACUACCUGAACCUCAUGUACUGUGAUUUAACAGCCGAGAAACUCAAGAUUCUUCAGCCAGCAUUCUGUAUGUGUGAGACUCUGAGACUUCAUGAGGAUGGGAACAGUGCAGAGAGUCCCAGAUGGUCACUUAACCUGUCAGUGACUCGUGGAGAUGUUUUGUUGACUUUCAGCUCCUCAUUUCUAGCAGUCUUAAACAUCAGUCUUACAUGUCCACAAUCAGAGAUAUCCAGCACUGACUGGACACUCUUCUUACAGAGACUCAGCAAGACAGGAAAAGUAGCAGAAGACUCUUCAGCUCUUGAUGAGCUUGUCAGUUUGCUGCUGUCUUCAUUUCACUCUGUGGGUUUGAAGACACUGCAUCUGAAUUUGGUCAGUCUGAAUAAGAGCUGGGCUUCUGGGAUAAUUUCCCUCGUCCAGAUCUGCAGCAGUCUACAGCAGCUCAGUGUCGGUGUCACUGGAUUGCUUUUGGAGGAGGGACUCAUGUUACUGAAGAAAUCACUGACAGAUCCACACUGCACUGUGAUCAUUGAAGGGAAGAAGUGCAGUAAACCAACUGACCAGUGCAAAGUACAGGACUGGAGACACAGUUGCAAUGAGAAAGUGAAGAUUCACUUCAAACCAAAAGUUUUGGAAGAGCUGCAAGAGCUGAACAUCUCUGAACCGUCUGGACUGAAUCUUCAGCCGCUCCCAGUGUGUCAGUCUUGUGUUCACAUUGGUGAUUCUGAUCAGUGGGUUCAGGUGGAGCCGUCAGUCUGUACAGAAUCAGAUGAAGGAGGGUCAGAGUUCAGGAUCAGCACUCCGGCGGGUCGAUUCGAGUGCAGCAGGACCAGAAUGCGAUGGGUCUGUGCUGGUGACGUCACUCUCCAGUACCGUGCAGUGGAUGGACGUUUCCUCAGAGCAGAGCUGGAGAAACUUCAGCGUGAGAGAAUUGGACCUGUGAUUGAUGUGACAGUGAUCUCAGGGAAACUGGAGGAGGCCCAUCUGCCUCAUUACGCCUGUUUAGCAGAGUCAGACCUCUCUGUUGAAGAUGCUGUAAUAGGACUCAGCGUUAAAGAUGAGGUUGCAAUCUUGGAAUCAGUGCAGCUGACUCGUUUUCAUGCCAAAAUAAUCCAACCAUCCUUUUGGCCUACCACAGUGAUUAAAGAAAAAGACAUCCCUGUUGAACAGCAUUUAGAUCUUAUCAUCUUCAUGACAAACGAAGAUCCUCUUAUUCUCCAUGUCUACUUUUUUCCACUGUUUGAUACUUUUUCAAAAGAAAAAAUUAAGCAGGAAGAAACAGAAAAUAAUCCUAUCGUCCUUGAGAUUGACCACCACAGGUCUAGCAUGAAAAUUCAGAUGGACACACCACACAUUCUUGAAGUAUCCGGUGCCAGUGUACUUCCCGAAGAGGGGAUUAUAUUUUUAAGUAAUAUUCACCCAAACUUCUUCAAGAUCAAGCCAAACGUAGAUGAGGAUGUACAGAUGACUGUCAUCAGACAGCAGGAUGAAAUGUUUGUGUGGAAAACAAUAAUUUGGAAAGGCAAACUUGAUGAGAAAAAAAAAGAAAUGAGAGAUGUAAUGCUCAGGUUGUCCACAAAAAUGAGCAAGCACAACCCAGAAGGAGAGAAGCGGAAGACACGCAAAGGCGUUGUUAGCAGAAAAAGUAGGCCUCUUGAUCCUCCUCCCCUGGUACCAGUGGGCAGGGCUCGUGUAAUGAAUGUGAAGGUUGGGAAUCUAAGACGUAGUGCCAUAAACCGUACCAGAGGCCCGAAAACCCGACAGACGCCCUCGCGAGCCAGACAUAACAAGUGGCUUCAAAAGAUUCACCAGUAUAAAGCAUCAGUGACUGACAAGUUUAAGUUUGUGGCAGAGUAUAAUCUUCCAUCUGAUGAGCGUGUUGAUCUGGCCACCCGUUAUACUGAACCAGUGAUCAUUCAGAGGAGCAAAGAGCAAACUGAGAAAUACUAUCGUGAUCAUGUGAGGUCUGUGGAUGCUUCAUUUCAACUGUUAUCAAAUGACAAGAAUCACAGCAUCAGAAUAGACCAGCUGUUCAGUCCCGACGGUGAUGGAAACACACCGAAAACUGUGAUUCUCAGUGGAGAUUCUGGAAGAGGGAAAUCUUUCAUGCUACAGAAGAUCAUGUUGGACUGGGCUUCUGGAGAACUUUACUCUGAAAACUUCGAUGUAGUUUUUCUGUUGAAGUGUGAAGAGCUGAAGUGUGCUGUUUGGAUGAUGAACUUGUUUGGGCUUUUGAGCUGGAGUUGCAGUUUAACAUCAGAUCAGAUCUCACAGAUACUAGAGUUAACACCAAGGAAAGUCCUCAUCCUCAUUGAUGGAAUAGAUGAGUUCUCAUUUGAUCCACACAUUCAAAUAUUAUUACCUACUAAUCCAUUGCAGAAAGCCCUGCCAAUGGACACUCUUAGGCGUCUGCUGAAUGGACUGAUUCUGCCUGAGUCUUUCCUGCUGGUUACCACCAGAUCAGCUGCAGAUACAGAAAUGAAUCUCCUCAAGGGACGUCAGCGUUUCACUGAGAUUAUGGGCUUCUCUGAGAGAGGGGUGCAGGAGUACUUCCAGAAGUUCUUUCAGGAUGAGCAACUCUUCAGCAAAACACAUGAGAGUCUAAAAGCGAAUGAAAUCCUUCUGACUGCCUGCUCUGUGCCUUUGCUGUGUUGGAUGGUCUGUUUUUGUCUGAAGAAACACUUAACCGAUGACGAUCGUGUGAUGAGAGAACUAAAGACAACCACCUCCAUAUAUGUGCUCUUUGUGUCCACUCUACUAGAGCAUCAUGGUCACAGUCAGUCUGUCCUCACCACGCUGAGGAGGCUGGGUCUGCUGGCAGAGGAAGGGAUGAAGAAGCAGCAGGUCUUUCUUGAUGAAAAGUGUGUAGCCAAGACUGACUUAGAUCCAGCUACUAGUGUGUUCUUGUAUAAAGAUAGUUUGAAAAGAAAAAACAGACAGGUGCCAGUGUUCAAGUUUAUGCAUUUCAGCUUUCAAGAGUUUUUCACAGGUCUUUUCUAUAUUAUACUGGAUGGAAAUGAGUCCUGGGGGAAAGUCAGACAGCUGUUGAGAUCGCUGAAAUCGAAGGGUAUAAUCAGUAGGCCAUGUCCAGAAAGGAGAUCAAAUCCUGUCCCUUCAGUCAUUAUGUUUCUCUGUGGUCUCUUAAAUGAGAAAGCGAGCAGCUCACUCUUUGAAAUUAUCAAGUGGACUGUUCCUCACACCAUAAAACUGAAGACAGACUUGCUGGAAAGUGUUCUAAAAACGAGAAGACAGCAUGGAUGUGAACUGUUUGCUCUUCGCUGUCUGUAUGAGCUCCAGGAUGAGGAGUUUGUGAGGAGAGCUUUAGGAGAUUGGGUAUCCAUGAAUCUGUCCAAAGUUUCCCUGAGGAGCACAGACUGUUGGGUGCUGCUGUACUGUCUUCAGUGCUGUCCACACAUCAGAGACCUGAACCUCACGUACUGUGAUUUAACAGCCGAGAAACUCAAGAUUCUCCAGCCAGCAUUCUGCAUGUGUGAGACUCUGAGGUUAUCAGUGGAGCACCUGUCAGAAGUCGGAGGCUUUAUCCAGAUUCUUGGUGAAUCAAAAAUUUUAAAAGAACUGAAAGUUCAGGAGGAUGAAUACAGUGCUGAGAGUCCCAGAUUGUCACUUGACGUGUCAGUCACACAUGGAGAUGUUUUUUUGUCUUUGAGCUCCUCAGAGAAGAAUCUGUCAUUUCCAGCAGUCUUAAACAUCAGUCUUACAUGUCCACAAUCAGAGAUAUCCAGCACUGACUGGACACUCUUCUUACAGAGACUCAGCAAGACAGGAAAAGUAGCAGAAGUCUCUUCGGCUCUUGAUGAGCAUGUCAGUUUGCUGCUGUCUUCAUUUCACUCUGUGGGUUUGAAGACACUGCAUCUGAAGGUGGGCAGUCUGAAUGAGAGCUGGGCUUCUCGGAUCAUUUCCCUCGUCCAGACCUGCACCAGCCUACAGCAGUUUAGUGUCAGUGUCACUGGUUUGCUGCUGGAGAAGGGACUCGAGUUACUGUAUGAAUCACUGAAGGAUCCAAACUGCACUGUGAUCAUUGAAGGGAGGAAGUGCAGUAAACCCACUGACCAGUGCAAAGAACAGGACUGGAGUCACAGCUGUAACGAGAAAGUGAAGAUUAAAUUCAAACCAAACAUUUUGAAAGAGCUGGAAGAGCUGAACAUCUCUGAACAGUCUGGACUGAAUCUUCACCCGCUCCCAGUGUGUCAGUUUUGUGUUCACAUUGGUGAUUCUGAUCAGUGGGUUCAGGUGGAGCCGUCAGUCUGUACAGAUGAAGGAGGGUCAGAGUUCAGGAUCAGCACUCCGGCGGGUCGAUUCGAGUGCAGCAGGACCAGAAUGCGAUGGGUCUGUGCUGGUGACGUCACUCUCCAGUACCGUGCAGUGGAUGGACGUUUCCUCAGUGCAGAGCUGGAGACGCUUCAGUGUGAGAGAAUUGGACCUGUGAUUGAUGUGACGGUGAUCUCAGGGAAACUGGAGGAGGCCCAUCUGUCUCAUUACGCCUGUUUAGCAGAGUCAGACCCCUCUCUUAAAGAUGAUAUAAAGGUCCUCAGUGUUGAAGAAGAGGGAAUAUCCUUUGAAUCAGUGGAGUUGACUCGUUUUCAUGCCAAAAUACUCCAACCAUCUUUUUCUCCAAAAACAGUGCUUAUAAAACUAAGGAUAUUAGUGAAAGUGCACUGUGAUCUACUGAUCUUCAUGACACAAAAGAACCCCAUCAUUCUCCAUGUGUAUUUCUUCCCAUCAGAUUUACUUUUUAAAGAAAAAAUUAAGAUUGAGGAAAAAUCGAGUCAACCAGUCAAAUGUCCAAGACCUGAAACCCCACUGCGGAUGAUGAAACAACACAGUCUUGAGGUUCCUGGAGCUUCUGUCCAACCCGAAGCAAUCAAACUAAGAGGUGACAUUGAGCCAAACUUCUUCAAGGUCAAACAUCCUGUGGUCAAUGACAUCAAUAUGACUCUCAGUCGAGUGGAUGAUCAGAAAUCAGUUUGGACUGCCACAAUUUGGAAAGAAGAAUUAGCCGAAACAAUUGCAAGCAAAGUCGAGUCUAGUUUGUUCCAACAUGGAGAAAUACAAACAAAACCACAAGGGUCUAUCAACUUUGAUAAAGUUAGUUUUUUUGAUAGAAAUUGGUGUGCUCUUAUUAAAAGUGUUAAGAAUGUGAACGGCAUUGCAGACAAACUGCUUCAGGAGCAGGUCAUUAAUGAAGAAAUGUAUUCUAAAAUCACACAUCCGACUUCAACUAAAGAAGAAAGCAUGAGAGAGAUCUGCAGCAAAGUGCGUAAAAGCAGCGUCACUGUGAAAAAUCUCUUCAUCGCUAUCGUUCAGGAAGAGGAGCCCAGCCUUUUAAAUGAUUUGCAUUUAUUGGACUUUCAGCUUUAAAAGGUUAAAGUGAUUUAAACCCACAAGUGCAGAGAGAAAUGUGUUUAUAUGUUUUUAUACAUUUAAUUGUAAAAAUGUUUAUAGGGAAGAGCGGGGUACGAUGUAUGUUUAACUCCCUUGAUCUACGCCCUUACCAUACUGUGAUGCCCUGUCCGA